AUGGGAAAUGGGAGAGAUGCAAGCUCCUCCCCAAAUUCAAAGCAAGAGCUGCAGCCGUACCAGGGCUCCAAUACCCUCAAGCCCAACCAAGUGGGUGAGACCUCUCUGUACGGCGUGCCCAUCGUGUCCCUGGUCAUCGACGGGCAGGAGCGGCUGUGCCUGGCGCAGAUCUCCAACACGCUGCUCAAGAACUACAGCUACAAUGAGAUCCACAACCGGCGGGUGGCCCUGGGCAUCACCUGCGUGCAGUGCACGCCGGUGCAGCUGGAGAUCCUGCGGCGGGCCGGCGCCUGCCCCCCCUCCCCCCCCCCCCGCACCAAGCGGGAGGCGGAGCGGCUCUGCAAGUCCUUCCUGGGCGAGCACAAGCCGCCCAAGCUGCCCGAGAACUUCGCCUUCGACGUGGUGCACGAGUGCGCCUGGGGCUCCCGGGGCAGCUUCAUCCCGGCCCGCUACAACAGCUCCCGCGCCAAGUGCAUCAAGUGCAGCUACUGCAGCAUGUACUUCUCCCCCAACAAGUUCAUCUUCCACUCCCACCGCACCCCGGACUCCAAGUACACCCAGCCCGACGCCGCCAACUUCAACUCCUGGCGCCGCCACCUCAAGCUCAGCGACAAGACGGCCACGGAGGAGCUGUCGCACCACCUCAGAGAAGGAGAGACGACCAUUUCCCGCUCCGUGGGGCGGCUGACAGGAACCGGGACCCGGCGGACGGCUGAUGGCGGGGCGUUCUCCUAG